AUGCUGUGCGGCCAGGGCAUGCUGAAGAGCCGCUGCUGCGUCCUGCUCGCUGACCUGAGGGUGCUCCUGCUUGCACCCAUGAGCAGCCAAGCCACGCCGAACCAUGUGCCAGGCGUCCCGGUGCCUGACAACAAUAACACCGUCACACAGAGCCCCCAGCAGCAGCCGGCCGGGGAGCGGGCCGCCCAGGACACAGCGGGAGCCAGUGGAUCAGCGGGGGUCUGGGUGGACGCAGCCGAGCUGUCGGCAGCCCUGCGCGGCCACAGCAGUUCCUCAGAUGACUGCUCAAAGGGCAAACUGGAGGAGAGAUUCUCCCUCACCAGCUACACCGAGAGCGGCUUCAGGACACCCGUGUGCAGGAUCUGCUUCCAGGGACCCGAGCAUGGGGAGCUCUUGAGCCCGUGUCGCUGCUGUGGUUCGGUCCGCUGCACACACCAGCCCUGCCUCAUCAAGUGGAUCAGUGAGAGAGGCUCCUGGGCCUGCGAGCUGUGCUACUACAAGUAUCAGGUCAUCGCAAUCAGCACCAAGAACCCACUGCAGUGGCAAGCCAUCUCCCUGACCGUGAUAGAGAAAGUGCAGAUCGCAGCAGCCAUCCUGGGGUCUUUGUUCCUCAUGGCCAGUAUCUCGUGGUUGGUGUGGUCAUCGUUCAGUCCGUCCGCGCGCUGGCAGCGGCAGGACCUGCUGUUCCAGAUCUGCUACGGCAUGUACGGCUUCAUGGAUGUCGUCUGCAUCGCGCUGAUUGUCCACGAGGGCCCCUCAGUUUUCCGUAUCUUCCACCGGUGGCAGGCGGUGAACCAACAGUGGAAGGUUCUGAACUACGACAAGUCUUUGGACAGUGAUGACCUGAAGCAGGUGGCAGUGGAUAGAACUCAGCCCAGACCGGCUUUUCAGACUGGCGUGGGUGUGUCCCAGUCCACUUCCUCGCUCAUGGUGGUGGCUUCCACAGCAGCGGGCUCCACCUCCACUACAGUGGUCACUGCAGGACUCAAUGCCCACACUGACUCCACCGUUGGCAGUGUGGUCCCAGAGCACUGCCCUUACAAUAUCCUCCAUCUCCUCAGCCACCUGCGGCAGACAGAGCCCCGCGGCCAGCAGCCAAGCCCCGGUACACGAGAGCUGGUCAUGAGGGUGACCACCGUGUGA